UCAAAGCGAUCAUCGAAAAAAAGAAAAUAAAAAGAAUCACGCGAACCCAAGAAGGAGUGGAAACAGGCAGUCGACCGUACGCUGCUCUUUGCCGGAAAGGAAAAUUCGUUUUUCAUUUCCUCAAACAGCGUGACUUCGUUGGUUUUUCAUUUAGUGUGUGCUUGUAGCGAAGUAAAUCAUCCAAGAUGAUGUCCUUACCGGGAACGUUCGCCUGUGACGAAUACGGGCGUCCGUUUAUCGUGCUCCGUGACCAGGAGAACCAGAAGCGGCUGACCGGCAACGAAGCCAUCAAGAGUCACAUCUUGGCAGCGAAGCAGAUCGCCUCCAUCAUCCGUUCGUCGCUCGGACCGAAGGGGCUGGACAAGAUGAUGGUCAGCGGUGACGGUGACGUCAUGGUCACGAACGACGGUGCCACCAUCAUGAAGGAGAUGGAUGUCGAUCACGAAAUCGGCAAGCUGAUGGUGCAGCUCAGUCAAUCACAGGACGAUGAAAUCGGUGACGGUACCACGGGUGUGGUUGUGCUGGCCGGUGCCUUACUCGAACAGGCCGAAUCCCUGCUCGACCGUGGCAUCCACCCGAUCCGUAUUGCGGAUGGGUUCGAGCUGGCGGCACAGUGCGCCGUAAAGCAUCUGGACACGAUCGCGCAACCCUUCCCGGUGUCGCGUGACAACAAGGAACCGCUGAUCCGUGUUGCGAUGACCACGCUCGGCAGUAAGAUCGUAAACAAGUGCCACCGGCAGAUGGCGGAGAUUGCGGUCGAUGCCGUGCUGACGGUGGCCGAUCUGGAGAAGAAGGACGUGAACUUCGAGCUGAUCAAGCUGGAGUGCAAGGUGGGCGGACGGAUGGAGGACACCUGUCUGGUGAAGGGUGUGGUGGUGGACAAAACGAUGAGCCACUCGCAGAUGCCGACCGUGCUGAAGAACGUGAAGCUGGCCAUUCUCACCUGCCCGUUCGAGCCGCCGAAGCCGAAGACCAAGCAUAAGCUCGAUGUGACGUCCGCGGACGAUUACCGCAAGCUGCGCGAGUACGAGCAGGAGAAGUUCCUGGAGAUGGUGAAGCAGGUGAAGGAUGCCGGUGCAACGUUGGCCAUCUGCCAGUGGGGCUUCGACGAUGAGGCAAACCAUCUGCUGCUCCAGCAGCAGCUGCCCGCAGUUCGCUGGGUAGGUGGACCGGAAAUCGAACUGAUCGCCAUCGCUACCGGUGGCCGGAUUGUUCCCCGGUUUGAGGAACUCACUCCGGACAAGCUCGGAUCGGCUGGUGUUGUGCGAGAGCUAAGCUUCGGUACGACCAAGAACAAGAUGCUGGUGAUUGAGGACUGCAAGAAUACGCGCGCCGUUACGGUACUGAUCCGUGGUGGCAACCGCAUGAUUACCGAGGAAGCGAAACGAUCCAUCCAUGAUGCGCUCUGCGUGGUUCGUUCGUUGAUCCGUGACUCGCGCAUCGUGUACGGUGGGGGUGCGGCAGAAAUUAGCUGCUCACUGGCGGUGGCUCGCGAAGCCGACCAGCUGUCCACCCUGGAACAGUACGCGUUCCGUGCAUUUAGUGUGGCGCUCGAGUCGAUCCCGCUGGCUCUGGCAGAAAACAGUGGCCUUUCGCCGAUCGAAACGCUGGCCGAGCUGAAGGCACGCCAGGGAACGGAGAACAGCUCGACGUUCGGCGUUGACUGCAUGCUGACCGGCAAUUCCGACAUGAAGGAUCAUCACGUGAUCGAGUCGCUGCACUCGAAGAAACAGCAGAUCGUGCUCGCUACCCAGCUCGUGAAGAUGAUCCUGAAGAUCGACGAUGUGCGAACUCCGUCCGAUCGUUAAGAUUCGGUGCCGGUCGAGAUUCCUUAUGUAUUUGCACAUGGCGCAUCCUAAUGCUACACGUAUGAUAGGUUCUUUCAUUUUGUCGCUAACACACGCAGACCAUUCGGGGGGGUAGAGCUUGGAGAACAAACAUCUUCCUUUCUUUUCCUCUUUUACGUUUACCUCAUUUUGCAUCAGUACUCUCCCCCAUGGCGUUGAAUCACACACUCACCUACACCGCACUAAUGGAUAAACGGUUGUCGAUAUCGAUCUCCGGUAUUGAUGAAACGACGACGUAACACUUAAGCGCUUUCUGAAUGCUCGUUUAAUCAAUAAACGGAAAUCUUUCCAUACCAACUUAUUGGAGGAUUUGCAACUGAGA